AAACUCAAUUUUUUUCUUAAUUAUAUUCCAACUAAUUUUAUUUGAAAAGAGAUGGCGAAAAUUUGCUCGGGGCUUGAGACUGAGCUGAGGCUGGGGCUCCCCGGUGGGGGCGGGGGGAAGGAGAAGAAGAGGGUGUUUUCUGAUAUUUGCGAGGAGGAGGGGAAGGAGGAGGUGAGGAAGAAUCAGGUGGUGGGGUGGCCGCCGGUGUGCUCGUACCGACGGAAAAAUGGUUGUGGGAUGAAAAUGUAUGUGAAAGUUAGUGUGGAUGGAGCUCCCUUUUUGAGGAAGAUUGAUUUGAGUAAUUAUAAAGAUUAUUCUCAUCUUGUUAGGGCUCUUGAAGAGCUCUUUGGAUGCUUUGGGAUUGGAGAAGCAUUGAAAGAUGCAGAAAAUUGUGAGUACGUUCCAAUCUAUGAAGACAAAGAUGGAGAUUGGAUGCUUCUUGGAGAUGUCCCUUGGGAGUAAGUCUCUCUCUCUCUUA